CAGUCUGAAUGCAUUUGUUUUAAUGGAACAAUUAAAAACAUUCUUAAAACUUUAAGAUGGCAUUGUCUUCAUUCAAGUGGCCUCUUAAUGAGAAAGGAAAUUGAUAACUUUUACUUUCUCGUGUUUAAUUUUAAGAGACCUGGAUGAAAAUUGCAACAAUGAGACAUUAAUUGGAUGUGGAAAAUGAAGUACCAGGGAUUAAUUAAAAUUUUUGAUUUGCUUCAUGACAGCUAGAAAUAUGAUAGCACCACCAUCAGGGACACUAGUAGAAGGGAAUGACUGGCAUACAUAACGAUGGACGAAAGAUACAAAUUCAAAAUUUUUGGAAUACAUGAUGGGCGGUUUCUUGUGCUUCAUUCUACAGCCUUAGUUUUCAUAGGACUUAGUGUCCUCUGCGCGGGAUUAGUAAUAGCCACCUCUAUAAGAAAUAAAAGGAAUGUGAACUUCUUCUUUGGAUGGAGCAAGUGUGAGCGUUUCGCCAUUUACAUGGCUGUAUGUGAUAUUAUGCUUCACUUGGUCCAUUGCACGGACCAUAUCCAUAUGUUAAUAGUUCACGGGCAUGUCCAUCCUAUAAACCUAUGCGAAUUUUACGGUUUCGUACUCUACGAGUUCACAAUUGCCCAAACUUCAUUGGUUUUCAUCAUCGCAACGAAUGCCUUUCUGUUGAUAAAGUUUAAGUGUAAUUUGAAUUAUGGAGCCAGAGACUGGAGAAUAAUCUCCGUUGCUUUAGGUGUACCAUUUAUUAUUUGCGUAUUCUUGGCUUCCUACAAGCAGCUCGGACCAACCGGGACAUACUGUGGAAUCGUGGGCGAGAAAGUAGUGACAUUUAUUUCUACACUUCCGGUUCUACUUGUGCUCAUUUUCAGCACAAUGCUGUACAUUCUGACGUGGAAGCAUAUUAAAAUUGAAGGAAAGAAGGUGACAGCAUCACUGAGGAAUCACAAAUCUUCGAGCCAAAGAUCAGCUAGGGCAGCCAAGAACAUGUCCUUGUUUGUUGCCGCCUAUUUCAUUCAGUGGUGGGCCUUGCCGCUUCAUGGUGUCUGGCAAUUGGUGGACAAUACUCCGUUUGAAGUCCUUGAGCUCCUGGCAAUAUUUACUAACAUGGGAGGUAUACUAAAUGGUGGGGUGUACUUGAUUAUUAAAAAGUCACGUAUUGCUAAAGUGAAGUGUAUUUCUCAUGAAAAAGAUGGAUCUGUUAAUAAUACAAGUCCGACAUCCAACCAAACACAAUGCAGUUAGCAUUGAUCCUAGUUCUGAGUAGUAUCUCAUUAUAGAAUAAUUGUUAAUUUUUCUUUAAUCGUAUAAUGUAUACAAAUAAAACAAGACUGAGACUUGUACAGUUUUUACAAACACGUGCUAAGUUGCCCGCAUGCCGCAGUGGUUAGAGUGUUUGCUUUAGAGUCGCGGAGUAAGGAAUUGAUACCGCACUUCUAAAAGGCCGCAAGUGCCGAGUACAGGUCUAAAUUUGCAGCCCUUUAAGGGCAAGUGUUGGCUUAUCAAUAUGAGAAAAAUUCUUGAAGGGAGGUUUAGCAAACAAACAAAUGUUCGUUGGAGAAGAUUGUGAUUUGGU